ACUUGGUAGAGCCCCGACAUCGAAUGUCUAUUCCAUGCAUUACAAUCAACCAGAAAUUAAUCUCGCCAAACUCUGGUAGCAAUACACCUUGACGCCCCUACGCGCCCCAAUUAUCGUUCACACUGGUCACACACAACAUGUCAUCCACAAACACGCGCAAGCGGAAAUCCGACCAAAUGGAGGAAUCUACCUUCGCAGUCACGCCAACUGGCAGCCCUGCAAGCAAGAAGAUGAGGAUCACAGAAGCUCAGAAACAGGCGUUGAUGGACAACUUACAACUAGAAAUUACGGAACGAGCGCGCCAGCUGCGAGCCGGGUACGCUCUUCAAUGCGCCGACCUUCGAGCAAGAAUAGAACGACGUGUUAAUCGCAUACCGCUCGCAAUCCGCAAGAUGACCAUGGGAGAGUUGAUGGAAAAACAUGAUGUCCCCAAACAAGCACAAUCGAAAACACAGUCAAAACCGACCAGGCAAACGCAAGCCCAGAUAGUGGCAUCGAAGGAAAGAGCUCUACCAGCCUUACCACCUCAGGAAGCCUCUAAAACUCAUUCACCGGCACGUCCUCAACCUCAGUCCGCAGCUGCGCGUGGCAAGAAGCGCAAGAGCUCGGAAAUUCACAUAGCCUCAGACAAGGAGAAUGACGCUACAGGAGUACCAGACACCCUUCCCGUCGCGAAGAACAACAAACGCGCCAAAACAGCGGCCACGACAUCUGGACCCACGAAACAAUCAUCCGUCCUAUCCCCACGCUCUCACAACUCCAGGACACUUCCACGUUCCCCAAUUAAGGAUUACCCAAUAGCCCCUUCUUCACCAGCAAAGAGCAUGAUUGCCCGUCCAACGUCACCUUUGAAGCCUGCCUCUCCAUUCAAGACAGCCGCAACGGCCGCCACUUCUGCCAUCUCGGCCUCCAUGCACGGCAUGUUUGAGCAUGCAAAGCGCAGCACCACGGCGAAAAUGACUCGUACCGCAUCGAAGGAAAAGCCUGCGACAAACCGUGGCCAGAUGCUUCCACCACCUCGACCACCUUUCGGCGCCUCUUCCUCGCCGCAGCGCACGAUAAGUCAAAACAGCACGCACAGUGUCUCAACGGACGUGUCCACGGCAUCAAGCAGCACAACCUUGGUCAAGGCCAAGCGUGGCAGGCCAGCUACUACUAAAACGACUGACCCCAAAAGCCCUGGUGCUACGGCGAAAAGAGGUGUGGCUAAGGCAGCGAGUGCAGCCAAGACAGCAUUGAAGAGGAAUGCUACCACUGCCAACAAGAAGGUUGUGGUCGCUGAGCCGGCGGCUGGAAAGAGGGUUUUGAGGAAGAGGCCCUAGAACAAGGGACUUCCCAACUUACAGAAUUUAUGGCUUCACCGGUUUCAUUUGGAUAUUCGUUGAAGCAGGAUAGUGCAAAGCAUAUCGCAGGAUCAUGAUGUUUGGCGCUGUUUUCUGCAUAAUGUGUCAAAGGUCAAGAUCGCAUUCGGUGUUGGCUGCCGUUGGAUGAAAUGCAUCACUUAUCAAACCAGUAAAUCCUUCAAAGAGCAUCCAGGGAGUCUGCAUGCCAUGAAAUGUGUCCUGAUUCUUCUCAC